AUGACAUCUGGACGGAGGAAGGGUGAAAGUCUUAGAGAGGCUAAUAAAGGCGUGUUGCGGAAUCCAAACGGAGAAUGGACGGAUGUCACAGCAGAUGACGCCCCUCCACAGCGGUGCGGAGGCGAGGAUCUGUCGCGUGGACGCAAUCGAUUGUGCUGGCGCGCCAGGCAGCAGCGUCGCUCGGUUCAACCAGGGACUGAGAAAUGUAGAAUGAGUAGAACGGAAGAUGAAGGAUGGAGGAUAGCGAUGGAGGAUAAAGAAUGCCGGAUGGAGUGGACAAUGGAGAAUGGAGGGAGGGAUUGUGGAGAGAUGGAUGGUCGAAAUGGAGGAUUAUGUAUGGAGAUAGAAAGUGGACAAGAUAGAGGAAUUGAGGGCGAAUAUUGUAAUUUUAGGUUUGGAGGAUUGAGAAAGGAAGGCGGAAAGCGGAGGAUGGAGGCUGAGCGCUGCGAGCUGAGGACUGAGGGAGGAGAGCCGCGGGUCGACGCCCGGCGGAGACAGCGGGCGAAGGGUCGGUGUUUGCGUUCGCGCCUAUUGAUUGCGUUCGCUUUCCCACGUCGCCGGCCCCACCCCUCUCCCUGCAAAUGA